AAAUGUUUCAUUUUGAUGGAUCUUUUAAGAGAUCGCCAAUACAGAAUCUUGGUGGAUCGUCAGUGGAAACAGAUCGACAAACGCUCAUAAAAAAAGCUCAAAUCGAACGAAAGAAACGCGAAGAGAUUCGAAAAAAAGAGGAAAAUUCUUUAAAAAUUCAAUCGAGCUUUCAUAUAAGACAACUUAUAAAACAGAAAGAAAGAACAAGUUACGAGGACUACCUGAAAGUAAAGGGGCUUAAAAAUUUUGAUGAUCUUGAGUUUUUACUGAAGCGAUUACUGUAUUAUUAUGAGCUGGAAGACGCUGAUAAACUUAUUUUCAUCUGCCAGUUUAUUAUUAAGAAUCUUCAAGAACUCUUCACGAUCCUUCUGCAGUCUAAUGAUGAGCUGAUAAAACUUCAAUGGCGCUUCAGGAUUCAAAAGCUCUUAGUUCUUUGUGUCAGACAAAUUUUCUCAUCAUCUUCAUCAAUCGCCAUUCCACUGAGAAUUAUCGAAAUUUUCACAUCCUUCGAGUUAAUUAUGUGGAAUAAUCCUGUGAAAUCAAAUGAUCAAACUGUGGUGAUAUUUCUUAAGCGUCUCUUCUCUUUCUUAAUUGAUAAAAGUUACUUCACAAAUGUAAGAAAAAUGCUCGAGAAUAAAAUCCCGGAAAAUACCUACGACGAAGUCACAACGCGACCUCAUAACGAAAUCGCUCGCAUGCUUCUCGAGAUGAUUGAACGACCAUUAAAACUUGUUAAAACGUUCAGUGCUGAUCCUACUUUCGAUUCAAAAGUUCUAUCUUCAUUCACAAGUGAGAUUCUUACCAAAGAUUUCUCAAACACAAUCAGCAAUUUCAUAGUUCCUUCUCUCGGAUCAAAACCUGACUUCCCAUUUAUUAAACUUAUUCGUUUCUUACAUGACAUACACACUGAGAAAUUAUGUAGAAACCAAUCGAUCGAUUUGACAUCACCUGAAAAUGAUAAUCAUCGUCAAAUUAUCCAAGAGCAUAAACACGUAAAGUUCAACGGUUUUCUACUUUAUUCACUUCUCAAACUUGAUGCAAUGUUUCUCAGUGACGUUAUCAAUCAAAAUUGUUUGUCACUUUACCUUGUUGUGAUUGAAGCAAUGAUAGGAAACAUCAGUCGAUUACCAAAACCUAAUCAAUAUUCUGGUUUUAAUUUCGAUGACGAUGAUGUUGUUCAAGAUUUAUCAGACUCUGACGACGAUUCAGUUGAUGGUGAUGAAGAAAUGCAACCACAAUGUGAACGUCUGAUUCUCUCUGACAUUAUUGUCAUGAUUAAUGAACAAAAUCGUGUUGGAAAAAUUGUCAAGAACAUUGACGGUCUCCUCUAUAAACCUGAAGUUGUGCAUAGUUUGUGUCAAGUAGCUCACAGUUUGAUGAUUUAUAAUCGUUCAGCAAUCAAUGAAUACAGACUUUUAGACAUGUUGGCGUUUAAGCCGGAAUUCAUAAGGACACUUUGGUACACACUUUUAACAACCAAAACACAAAAGAAUCAAGUUUUAAUAAGCAUUCUUUCGAAAGGAAUUCAAAUUCCACCAUCAGAAAGUUCAUUCGUGGUUCCAAUUCUUGCAACAUUUUGUGCACUUUUUGGUCGACUUCUCUCGACACUUCAUGAUGGUGAAUUCUUCUAUUGUACCUUUGAAGCUAAUGAAUCAAUGGGAAUUGAUUGCGACAUUGAACCGAUCGAGAACAAAGUGAUGCCAUUUCAUAUCAAAGACAUCAUUCACAUGUCGCUGGCUUUGAAAGAAAUUGCGAUUGGUCUUGUUGAACUUGCAUUCCCAGAGACACGAUCAGCAUUGAAAGAUCAUUACAGGAAUAUUUUUAAUGAUUCUGAUGAUACAGUCAACAGAAUGAAUCAAGAGAAAAUCAUUUGGUCGCAAUUAUUGAAAGUUUGUGUGUCGCUUCUUCGUCAACUUCAUACACGUGACUUGCGUUGUAAUUUUUGUCCAUCUGACAAUUGGAUUGCACCGACUUUAAAUAUACCAUUAGAUCGGCCGAAUGACUUACAUUUUUCAAGUCGAAGACGAGGUCCCAAACCUUUCCAACCAAUUCGUGAUUUUACAAGAAAGAAUCUUGAAGAAGGCCCACCAAUGUCAACAAAACAAAUCAGAUCAAUAACAAUUCUUAAAGAGAUUCCAUUUGUUGUUCCAUUUAACAAACGUUUUGAAGUGUUGCAAGGUUUAUUAGCUGCUGAGAAGUUGAGAAGUCAAGGAGAAAUGCAAGGAUUCUUGCAAGGCCCACAAACCCAUCUGACAGUUCGUCGAACGCAUCUUUAUGAAGACGCUUUCGACAAAUUAUCGCCAGAGAAUGAACCAAGUCUUCGUACACGAUUUCGUGUUCAAAUGAUUAAUGAACAUCAACUUGAAGAGGCUGGAAUUGAUGGUGGUGGAAUAUUUCGUGAAUUUUUAAGCGAAUUAAUUAAAAGCGCUUUUGAUCCUAAUCGAGGAUUCUUUAUUUUGACAAAGGACAACAUGUUGUACCCAAAUCCAAGUGCCAGCGUAAUUCAGGAGAACUACCAGCGUCAUUAUUACUUCAUUGGUCGAAUGUUAGGUAAAGCAUUGUUUGAAAAUCUUUUGGUUGAGCUUCCAUUGGCUGAGUUCUUCCUUUCGAAACUUGCUGGACGUCAAUCAAAUAUCAUUGACAUUCAUCAGUUAACGUCAUUAGACCCCGACAUGCAUAAAAACUUAAUGAAACUAAAAAGCUAUGACGAGAACGAUUUUAAAGAUCUUGGAUUAGAUUUUACUGUCGUUUGUGAUGAUCUUGGUGACACAAGAGUAGUGGAAUUGAAACCUGAUGGUGCAAACAUUACUGUUAAUUCAAGUAAUUGGAUUGAAUACAUUCAGAUGAUGGCUGAUUUUAAACUGAAUCGUCAGAUUAGGGAACAAUGUCAAGCUUUCCGGCAAGGUUUGACAAAUGUCUUGCCAAUCUCAUGGCUUUACAUGUUCAACACCAAGGAAUUGCAAGUUCUUAUUUCUGGUGCGGAAAUUCCUGUCGAUGUUGACGAUUUAAUGAAUCAUACGAGAUAUGGUGGUGAUUACAAUUCUGACCAUAAAACUGUGAAAAUGUUUUGGAAAGUUGUGCGAACAUUUGAUGAUGAUCAACGACGACAACUUUUAAAAUUUGUGACGAGUUGUUCGCGACCACCGCUUCUUGGCUUCAAAGAUCUCGAUCCACCAUUUUCAAUUCAGAAUAGUGGCGACGAUUUAAAUCGUCUGGUGACAGCUUCGACUUGUUUAAAUCUUCUGAAGCUUCCAGAAUACACGGAUGAGAGUCAAUUACGUGAAAAGCUGUUAUAUGCCAUUCAAAGUGGUGUUGGAUUUGAACUGAGUUAAAUUUCUUUCUCCCAAUUUCAAUUUUAUUUGUAUAAAUGAGAAUGUCACGAAACUUUGAAAUUGAAUAUUUUUCUUGUGGUAAAAGCAACAAAAAAAUUAUACUUUAAUAAAAUUUUAAAUUAUUAAAAGAA